AACUGUAACUGAAAUAGAAAGCUUUUGUCCGAGCAAAGCAAAUCUCUCUUUUUCCUCUUCAAAACUGCUUCUUCACAUGUUCACACCACACACAUAUAUAUAACUUCUUUCUUUUCUUUUCUCUUUCUCUCUCCAACGCAACCCCAUCUUUUUCUGUGUAAUUAAUCAGAGACCUGUCAUCUUUCUAGAACUUGAAGACUCAGAUUCGAUUGAACAGAGUUUUGAAUGGAGGGCAAUCAUCUCCAUCACCACCACCACCAACAUCAUCUACAACAACAGCAGAACCACCUUCAACUUCAGAACAUCACAAGUGUUAACGUUGAUAUCAUUGACAGGUUCCCCCAAUGGAGCAUCCAAGAGACCAAAGAGUUCCUCGCGAUCCGUGCUGAGCUGGAUCAGACCUUCAUGGAGACUAAGAGGAACAGACAGUUGUGGGAAGUCAUCUCUACCCGAAUGAAGGAAAAGGGUUACCAUAGAAGCGCUGAACAGUGCAAGUGCAAGUGGAAAAACCUCGUUACCCGCUAUAAGGGAUUUGAGACAAUGGAGCAAGAAUCGUUGAGAUAUCAAUUCCCAUUUUACAAUGAGUUUCAAGCGAUUUUCGCAUCAAGGAUGCAGAGAAUGCUGUGGGCUGAAGCUGAAGGUGGGUUGAAGAAGAACAAGGGGAUACAACUCUCGUCUGAAGAAGAAGAUAAUGGUAAUGAAGAGAGUGAGGCAGGUAGCAGCAGAAAGAAGAAAAAGGCAAAGCUAGUUGGUGGAGGAGGUGACAAUGGUAAUAGUAGGUUGAACAAUUUCAAGGAGAUUUUGGAGGAGUUCAUGAGGCAGCAAAUGCAUAUAGAAGCACAAUGGAUGGAAGCAUUUGAGGCAAGGGAAUCUGAGAGGAGGUUGAAGGAGAUGGAGUGGAGACAAACCAUGGAGGUGUUAGAGAAUGAGAGAAUAAUGAUGGAAGAGAGAUGGAGAGAAAGGGAGGAAGAAAGGAGGAUUAGAGAAGAAGCUAGGGCUGAGAAGAGGGAUGCUCUAAUCAUGGCUUUGCUAAACAAGCUAGAAAGACAAGAGAUGUAGUAAAAGGGAUUUUGCUUGAAGAGACAAAACUCACUUCAGUAAUUUCUACGCUUUGAAAGAGAUGAGAAGACUUUGUUACAAGAGACAAAACGCGCUUUAAUGAUUUCUAUGCUUUGAAGGAGAUUAGUGCCAAUAGUUCAUUGGGGAAUAUAGAUAGUACGCACCAAGAGACAAAAGGCAAGUGAAGAUGUAGUUUAGUAGGUAGCUAGCCAUGUAGCCAACUAUAAUGUGUUUCUUCUUCUUCUUCUUCUCAUGAAGGAAGCUUAAACUAGAGGUUUGUACUUAGAAACUCUCAAUUUCUUGGAAAAUUUUACCUUUAUGGUACUCCUUUUGAUUUUGCCAAGUUGUUCUUCUAUCUCCUCCUGUUUUGCCCACUUGAGGCUUUCUAAUUUAACCAAAGUAAAGUAAUAAAAUCCUCAAAUUAUUU